CCCCGAGCAGCCGCGCCCCCGGGCUCCCCGGCGAGGCCCUCUGACAUCAGCCUGGGAAGUUGGGCCUGCGAGUGGCCCGUCUCCGUUAAGUGCCCUUAGGAUGCAGUGGUAGCGAACAGGGCGCUCCCUCGGGAGGGGCACCGCCUGCGCUGGGGAACUGGGUGCCGAGAAGCAGGACAGAAUGAUGCUGUCCGAGCAAGCCCAGAAGUGGUUUCCCACCCACGUGCAGGUCACAGUGCUCCAAGCCAAAGAUCUGAAGCCAAAAGGCAAAAGUGGCACCAAUGACACAUACACGAUCAUUCAGCUGGGCAAGGAGAAGUACUCCACCUCUGUAGCCGAGAAAACCCUUGAGCCAGUCUGGAAGGAAGAGGCCUCCUUUGAGCUACCUGGCUUGCUCAUGCAGGGAAACCCAGAGAAGUACAUCCUUUUCCUUAUAGUCAUGCACAGGUCCCUCGUGGGGCUGGAUAAGUUUUUAGGGCAGGUGGCAAUCAAUCUCAAUGACAUCUUUGAGGACAAACAAAGAAGGAAAACAGAGUGGUUUAGAUUAGAAUCCAAACAAGGAAAAAGAGCCAAAAACAGGGGUGAGCUAAAGGUCAGUAUUCAGUUCAUGAGGAACAAUAUGACAGCAAGUAUGUUUGACUUAUCAAUGAAGGACAAAACAAGAUCUCCUUUUGCAAAACUGAAAGAUAAGAUGAAAGGUAGAAAAAACGAUGGGACAUUUUCUGAUACAUCUUCUGCAAUCAUUCCAAGUUCUCACAUGACGGAUGCCAAUUCUGAAUAUUCAAGUGGUGAAAUACAGAUGAAAUCUAAACCGAAAAAGCCUUUCCUUUUGGGUCCUCAGCGACUCUCUUCAGCGCAUUCAAUGUCUGAUUUAACUGGGGCCCACGUAUCUUCUGAGAAACUGAAGUCUGGCACCAUUGGUCAAACACAUCUUCUCGGACGCCAGAUAGAUUCCUUUGGAGCGGUUCCAGAAAGUGGAAGUCUCAAAUCUCCACACAGGAGAACAUUAAGCUUUGAUACUUCUAAAAUGAACCAACCUGACCGCAGUGCAGAUGAAGGCGAGUCAUCUUUCGGAAGGCAAAAUGACCCAUUUACAAAUGUGACUGCUUCAUUACCCCAAAAAUUUGCAACACUGCCAAGGAAGAAAAAUCCGUUUGAAGAAAGCAGUGAAUCCUGGGACAGCAGCAUGACUUUAUUUUCAAAACCAAUUGAAGUAAGAAAAGAAAAUAAAAGAGAGAAAAGGGAGAAAGUUAGCCUGUUUGAAAGAGUGACUGGGAAAAAAGAUAGCAGAAGAUCUGAUAAACUCAACAAUGGGGCAGCCGACAGCCCUUGUGACUUGAAAUCACCUAAUGCAUUUAGCGAAAAUCGUCAGGACUAUUUUGAUUAUGAGUCAACUAAUCCGUUUACAGCAAAAUUCAGGGCCUCAAAUAUAAUGCCAUCUUCAAGUUUUCACGUGAAUCCGACAGGCAGUGAAGACCUCAGGAAGAUCCCGGACAGCAACCCUUUUGAUGCCACUGCAGGGUAUCGCAGCCUGACCUAUGAGGAGGUGCUGCAUGAGCUGGUGCAGCACAAGGAGCUCCUGCGGAGGAAGGACACCCACAUCCGGGAGCUGGAGGACUACAUCGACAACCUCCUCGUGAGGGUCAUGGAGGAGACGCCCAGCAUCCUCAGAGUGCCGUAUGAGCCGUCCAGGAGGGCUGGCAAGUUCUCCAACAGUUAAUCAGCCAACUGCACUUUGUUUAUAACUGGGGGAAGAAAGAGAGAAAGAAAGGAAGAGAAGGAAAGAAAAAAGAAAGACUUGUUACCAAAAGGACUACACUUUCAGGUUUCAGUACAUGCUCUCCACCAUUGUUUUACUUGUAAAUAUGAGCAGGGAUUAUCAAGAGUGACCUUUGAAGUGAGCUAAAUAAUUUAAACUUUUAAAGUGAAAAUGGGCCAGAUUCUCAAUAAAUAAGCAGUCCCUUAGGAUUCACUUAGGUGCUGGAGCCAGCCCGCUAACCUGCCAUAGGCCUAGAGAUGUCUUCAGAAGUACACGGCUUAUUCCUCAGGAAUAGAUUUCUCCUAACUUGAUACUGUGGUUGGUUUCUCAGCAUUCAAUUUGUAGACAGUCGAGCUGCAGGAAUACUGCUCAUCGUAUCUAACACUACUUUAAAAAACAGUUCAUAUUUUAUAUACACAUAUAUGUACAUGAAUAUAAGUUCAUGUAUCUUUGCAUAUGAAAUACAUGCAUAUACCUCACAUAUACAUGUGUUUUUAAGACAUUUAAAAACUGGUUGCCUCUAAAACGAGGAGACCAACUUUUUAAUUUGAAAAUGUAUGUGCUCUAUUGACUCCAAGCAAAGCGCCGUUCCUGCUGCCGUAUCACGGCUCGUUCCAGAGGAGUUGCUUCAAAUCACUCUUGACUCGGAACCUUGGUUUCCAAAGGAGCUGCUACUGUGCGUUGCUCUAGCAUCCGAUUUUUGCUCUGUGUCCAAAAGUAAUGCUCCAAAGGCUUUUUAAAAGAAGGACGUAUUUUAGGAAACUUCAUUGACUUCACAAAAGCAUGGAUUUCUCUAAUUCAUUUUUUAUCUUAACGUUCGAGUUUUGUCUAAGUUAUAAGCAGAAGAUAAGCUAAUGUAAUUUGUUGAGAUUCUGAAUGCCUAUAAAUCACUAGCAAAGAAAAUAUUAAGAAGUUAAAGCUGAAGAUAAUCUGGGGAGGGUAAAAGUAGAUGAUCAUCUAUCUGAUGUCUGAUAACCCAAAACAGUGGGCAAAUUCUUGGAAUCAAGAAUUAGGCUUGGUUUCAAGUUGCAUAAAUAAUAGAACAGAUGGUUGCAGUUGAGUCUUGAACCAAAACAACAGUUACUAAAGGAGAAGUGAGUUUUUAGAACGGAUCUUUACUAGCAUGACGUUACACAUUAUUCAGCAUCUACCCUUUACGGAUUGAUUUAUCACAGAAUUACAUGUCAGCUUUUUUAAAUAAGUCUGAUCCCCAAAUAUGUUGAAUACUUCCAUGAAUUAUCUUUAGAUAGUUGUACAAAAUUAGGCUGAACUUUAAAGUGAAAAACAAUGGGUGUAAGAAUAUUACUAUCUACUGCUUUUUUUUUUUUUUACCUUAAACUCUAAAAUACUAUGAAACACUGAAUCUGUCUCUUCUGAAUUUAAAAUGAAAAACACACCUGUAUGUGGAGACAUAUAUUUCUUAAUCUUUCAGUGAAGUGCAUAUCUGUCUGGUAUGCAUCUCUACUAAGACUUUAUUGAAAGUUAAAUAUAAAGCAGAUAUAAUAGUUUUGCUCAUUUUAGUAUUUUGAA